ACUCCUGCAAUGCUGUAGCAGCAGAUGUUCGCACACUGAAGCCAAUAUCCACUGUUCUCUCUACCGGAGCAAGUGUUCUGCAGCGGAGAGUGAGAAGACGAGGAAGUGUGAGGACGUUUGCUCUCUCUCCUCACACGUCUGGAGUGCGUGUAUGUGGGUGAGUGAGUGAGUGAGUGAGCUGAAGAUAUCAGAGUCGCGUCUUUCUUUACCACACCUGUGAUGCGCUGCUGUCUCUGAGCAACGAAGACGCACUGAUGGCCAAGGUAAAGGAAGAGGAUAUGUGUUGAAAGAGGACUUAUAAAUGCGUUGAUCGGUGUAACAUUACAAAAACUAUACCCAGACAGACAGCAGAUACUACUCGCAGCUCCUUCAGCAGAUACUGACUUAAACUUGAACGAGAAGGUGAUAAAGAUGCCGUUACACCUGGGUCCCUUUGUCCGCUGGAGAUCCGGGCUUGUACUCACGUGGAUCUGCUUGUUUUCGUCCGGAUCUACCGUCAUUGGUGGAGAGCACGCGGCCACUGUGACGCAUCCACUUCCUGCGGCCUUCUCCGACCUGCUGCCACACUUCCUGUUGGAGCCUGAUGAUGUUUAUAUCGUUAAGAACAAGCCAGUGACCCUCACCUGCCGCUCAACCCCUGCCACUCAGAUCUACUUCAAGUGCAACAGCGAAUGGGUUCACCAGGAUCAGCACUUGAUCGAGCAUGAUGUGGACCCUGCCACAGGGCUGCCGGUGAUGCAGGUGAAGAUUGACAUCUCCAGACAGCAGGUGGAGAAGAUCUUUGGUCUGGAGGAUUAUUGGUGUCAGUGUGUGGCCUGGAGCACUACAGGAACCCAGAAGAGCCAAAAGGCAUAUGUGCGCAUUGCCUAUCUGAGGAAGAACUUUGAGGAGGAACCGCUGGGUAAGGAAGUGGCACUGGAUCAGGAAGUCCUCCUGCGCUGUCAUCCUCCUGAAGGUGUUCCUCCUGCAGAGGUGGAGUGGCAGAGAAACGAGGAGCUAAUCGACCCCAAGACUGACCCCAAUUUCUUCAUCACCGUGGACCAUAAUCUCAUCAUCAAACAAGCCCGCCUGGCCGACACAGGCAACUACACCUGCGUGGCCAAGAACAUUGUGGCUCGACGAAAGAGCUCCUCGGCUACUGUGAUUGUCUAUGUGAAUGGUGGCUGGUCCACAUGGGCCACAUGGUCGGCCUGCAGUGCUAUCUGUGGUCGGGGGUGGCAGAAGAGGAACCGAAGUUGCACCAACCCAACUCCACUGAACGGUGGGACGUCCUGCGAUGGCCAAAGCGUCCAGAAAAGUGCCUGCACUGCCACCUGUCCAGUGGAUGGAGGUUGGAGUGAGUGGAGUAAGUGGACUCCAUGUGGAGCUGACUGCAUCAUGUGGAGGAGCAGGGAAUGUACCCAACCUACACCCAGCACCAGUGGGAAGGACUGCCAGGGCCUGGAUCUCCAAUCCCUCAACUGCACCAGUGAGCAGUGCCCACAGACGGCAUCAGGUGCUGAGGACGUGGCCUUGUACGUGGGGAUCGUGGCAGUGGCUCUUUGUCUGACUCUCCUGCUGAUUGUCCUGGUGUUGGUCUACCGCAGGAAGAAGGAAGGUCUCGAUGCAGAUGUGGCCGACUCCUCCAUCCUCACCACUGGCUUUCAGCCCAUGGGCAUCAAGCCCACCAAGCCAGGUGUGUGGGCACCGCGCAGGGCAGCCCACAGCAAAAACUCUCAUUUGCUCACCAUCCAACCCGAUUUGACUACCACUACCACAAGCUACCAGGGAACUCUGCGUUCUCGCCAUGAAAUCACUGGGAAGUUCUCCUUGAGCAACGGCCCCCUCCUGGAGCCACUUCCAAACGGCUCCCACACACUGCACAACGGCAAACUGCCUAGCGAUCCCAAUGACUUCAUGAACCGCUUGUCCUCUCAGACGUAUUUCAAAACGCUGCCGAGAGACAACGUCAACACCUCCUACGGCACAUUCAAUUUCCUGGGUGGCCGCCUAACCCUCCCCAACACUGGAAUCAGCCUUCUCAUCCCACCAGAGGCCAUUCCCAGAGGGAAGAUUUAUGAGAUUUAUCUCACCAUUCAGAAGAAGGAAGACAUGAGAUUGCCCCUGGCUGGGUGUCAGACAUUGCUGAGCCCCGUGGUGAGCUGUGGACCACCCGGUGUGGUGCUCACCCGGCCGGUCAUCCUCACUAUGGACCAUUGCUCUGAUGCGUGCCUGGAGAAUUGGGCCAUCCGUCUCAAGAAGCAGUCAUAUGAGGGAACAUGGGAGGAUGUACUUCAGCUUGGUGAGGAAGUGGUUUCGGAUCCAUACUACUGCCAGCUGGAGGCGGAGACGUGCCGGGUGUUCACUGAGCAGCUGGGCCGCUUUGCUCUGGUCGGGGAGUCCCUCAGCAUGGCUGCAGCUAAACGCCUGAAACUGCUGCUCUUUGGUCCCGCCUACUGCUCUACGCUGGAGUACAACAUCCGCAUCUACUGCAUGGAUGACACACAGGACCUGCUAAAGGAGGUGAUGCAGAUGGAAAGACAGAUGGGAGGUCGACUGAUUGACGAGCCUCACGUCCUGCUCUUCAAAGACAGCUACCAUAACCUGCGCCUCUCGAUUCACGACAUGCCCCAGGCACACUGGAGGAGCAAACUACUCACCAGCUAUCAGGAGAUCCCAUUCUAUCACAUCUGGAGCGGCUCUCAGCAGACCCUGCACUGCACCUUCACACUGGAGAGACAGAGCCUGAGCACCUGUGAUCUCACCUGCACGCUGUGUGUGUGGCAGGUAGAAGGAGAGGGACAAAGCUUCACCCUGGACUUCAACAUCUCAAAGGACAUCAGACCACUGGACUCUGAUUUCCUGUUAAUGGACAACUGCACCCCUGCCCUGGCUGGUCCGAGCGCAUUCCAAAUCCCUUACCUCAUCCGACAGAAGAUCUGCAGCAGUCUGGACACCCCCUGUCCCAAUGGAGCAGACUGGAGACUACUGGCCCAGAGACUGAAGCUUGACAGACACAUGAGUUUCUUUGCAUCCAAAGCGAGCCCCACAUCAGUGAUUCUGGACUUAUGGGAAACCCAGCACUUCCACAGCGGUAAUCUCAAUCAGCUUGCCGCUGUGAUGGCCGAGAUUGGCAAGCAGGAGGCCAUGAUAUUCCUGGUGUCAGACGGGGAGUGCUGACACAUUAAAACUGAAGCACGGCGGCCGUCUCUGAGUGAUGGGGUGGAGGAAGGACGCGACCCUCUGCCCGCCCCAACAUAGAUGAGAAACAAAUCAAAGAACAGGGUUUACCCAGCUAUAUGAGGCCUCUUCCCCAGCGAAUAGGGAAUAAAAUAAAACGAAGGAAGGAAAAACAAAACAAGACCAGGCUCAGGAGGGACCUGGCAGGGCUUUAAGAUGUACUGUGACUGAGACAAAUGCCCCUUUCUUGGAACGAAAAUCCAUUUGUUUUGAAAAUAAUGGUGUAUAGAAAAUCCUGCCCUCAGUCACUGACCAAUAUGUACUUUCUAACCACAUUUGCACAUUGAUAUAUUAAUAUCAGACUGGAAACUAAAACAAAUUGAUUUGAAAGAUAUCAAGUGGUCAAAAAUGUUUGCUAUGUAAGUGAAUAUUUUGCAAACGAAUUCAGAUUUGUGACAUGCAUUUUGUAAAUGUGUACCAUUUGGCAAUAUGCAAACACACAUAUCGAUGACAAUUUCCUUUGGCCGACAUGUUUCUUACCUCACAAAGCAUUUUAAAUCUUAGAGCGUUUGCUAAAUUUCAGGUCGAAAACAUUAAGGAAGUAAAGAGUUUUUGACGAGGGCCAUCACUUGUUCCUCUGCCCCUGUGCACUUAAUGUGUGUUUUUGAAACUCAUGAAGCCAUAAAGUCCAAAAUUCACCUCAGUGUAAUGCUAUAUGUUCUGAUCUGGGUGGAUAAUCGGCAAAUAAGCACAGGAUUCUGUGGAUGUUUAGCUGCUGAAGGAUGGGUGAUCAGGGACCUCAAACGUUUUCCUAGCGGUUUUGCAGAACAUUACGUUUAUUUUUGCUUUCAACAGACUUUUGAGAAUAGGGGUCAGAUGUCCAUGGCCGUCUUAUGUCGAUGAAACUCUUUCAAGACUAGAAGUCCAUAGAAUUCUUCAGAAAAAAAGUUCCCCGUUGAAAAAGAUUUCUUCUUUUAUAAACAGAAAAUGCAAUACUACCAUAUGUUUCUUUGCUAUUCUCCUUCAUAUUUAAUGAGUCUAUUUUUCUCUGAAAGCCAAUUUGGGUUCAGGGCAAUUUUUUGUUUGUAGGAAAAAGAAUAUUCUCAUCACCCCCCAAAAAGCAAAUGUUCCAUCCAAGAAAACGUCAUCGAGACUCAGCAGCUGACGUAUUUUUCUAAAUUCCUCCAUCACACGUGUGGUUUGUUUGUGCAUAUCUCGCACCCUGUAGAACAGCAACACAUCCAUGAAUGUGCAUUACACAGUUUGUAAGAUUGU